ACGGACGCUGCGAGCGGCCGCAGCCAGUGCGCUCGGGGCUGCCGCCGUUGCCUGCCACGCGACGGAUGGGAAUCUCACCGCGAGGUCCGGCCAGCGAAGCUCACCAAGGUGACAGAGUCCCAGUUCUAGGCGGAAACAUCGACACAAUCAAAGCAGCGCAGUGCAAGGAAGGCAGUCCCAAGCAGCAGCCUGAGCCAUUAGCAACACACACUAACGAACACACGCAUUACUUGGACAUAAACUUGGCAGAAAUGGAGAGAGAGUCAAAUCCCAUGCAGGCACUUUGCCGUUCUGGAUGUGGUUUCUAUGGAUCACCAGCUACUGACGGUCUCUGUUCGCUUUGCUACAAGGAGGCAUUGAAGAAGAAACAGCAGCCACCUCCUACUUCGUCACCACCGGCAACGAGCCUGGACACUGCCCAGCCCACUAUUCCUGUAAUCGCGCCGCCUUCCACACCAGCUACCUCAUCGGACCACACAGCAGCCACCCCAGUAAUUGGGGGGGCCUCAGCCAAAGACGAUGCAGAGGGAGCAGCGGGAGGCUGCAGCAGCAGUGCUGAUAAUUCUGUCAGCAGUGGGGAUGCAGAUGAGAGCUACGAUGGCAAAGACUCUGAGAAGGAAGCUAAGAAGAAGAAAAACCGCUGUGCAACCUGCCGCAAGAAGGUUGGCCUUACAGGCUUCGAAUGUCGCUGUGGUGGCCUCUUCUGUGCGGUCCACCGAUACAGUGACAAACACGAGUGCACGUUCGACUACCGUGAGAUGGGCGCCCAGGAGAUCCGUCGCAACAAUCCCGUCGUCGUCGGCGAGAAGAUUCAGAAAAUUUGAGCCACCACACGAUCCCGUCCCCACCACCACCCUGCACUGUGCCUAGUUUAGAAGUCAGGACAGCUAUUUCGUAACUAGGGAUCAAUACACAACUACUGACACAGAAUUACAGGGAAAGGCAGAAAGUCAGCUUAUACAUUCACAAAAUCUUGGAAAUCGUGUAAAUGGCAGCUGUCUCAAAAUCCACGAAUUUUUAUUAUUCAUUAAAAAUGCAGAUUGCAUUUGAUUAUUACGAAAAGCAAUUGUGCCAUUGUGACAGUGAACAAAGUGAACGUUCUGCAACAGUUUUCUCAGAUUGGUGAAGAAAGUCGUAUACAGGGACGAGACUGCUGAACGGAGGCUGCUGGUGGGGUGACUGGAGCCCGUGUGCACUUUUAUAUAUAAUAUACACUCUAUAUACCAGUUUCGUGUUUUUCAUAUGUAGUGACAAUAAUGGAUAAGUUAAGAUGGGAUGCACAUCAUCAAAGAUAUGCGUGUGAGUUAUUUCCUAUGCAUGACAAGUGACCGCGAAAGAAAUUUGUCGUGCUUACUUGGACACAAUCAUUCUUUCAUAUUUUGUUGCACUGAGCUGCUUUCUCAGGGCUACAGAAUACGAAAAUAGUGUAGAAGGUUAAUGCGUUUAGUCAGGGACUCCAAUGGAAUGAACUCUUUUGUUGUUUCACAAUGCAUGAUGAAUUUGUCCCAGUGAGUGGUUAAGAAUCUUGUAAUUGAAAUGCGGUGCUCAUAAAAUUAAAAAGUUUUUCACAGUUAGUAUUCUGUUCUGCAGGGACGUGUAGGUGAUUCCAUAAAUUUAUUUUGAAAUGUCAGUAAUGAAUAACAAUAUGCUCAUAUUACUUAGGGUAUAAUCUGUUGGUUGUUUGUUUUUGUUUGUCGCUUUGGCAGUCUUGCAAAUCUGUACUGUUUUUUAAUUUUAGUGUUUGUAGAAGUCGGUAAAUUUCUGAUUACAAAGUUAGAUGUAACUGACCACCAUUUCAAGUAACUGUAAAUAAAUAAGGGGACUGUCAUGAUACUACUUUCAGAAUGCAAGUUUUUGUUAAAUAGGGGAUGUUGUGUGUGACCUUGUUGUUUCAAAUUGCUUUUUGGUCUUGAUUUACUUAAGAAGCAUGGAGUAAAAUUGUAGAAAUUUGUGGAAAUUCUCUUCAGUUAUUGUUUGCAUUGUGCGUGUGAUUGUGUGUUGCCCUUAGAGACACCACGAUGUCAACCAGUUUUCUAUUCUAUAUAGACAACAUUAUUUUCUGCUCUUUGGCAUGCUAACAGCUUUCUGAGGGCUCGCAGAACGGAAGCUACUAGACUUACAUUGUUACGCUGUUGACAUUUGGUGGCUCUUUCGGGUAUACUUAUUACUACGUGAUAUUGGGACUGAAAUAAAAAGUAUAUAUAUUGCUUAUGUAAUCCAAUAAUUUUUUCUUUGCACAUGAAGUCAGUUAUCUAUUUUCCAAAUGUGUUUCUUCUAGAGUGCCAUGCCACUUUAGACAGGCAGUCAGCUUUGCCAGCUGUUUCCAGCAAUUGAAAAUUUUGCCGUGGUGUUGUGGAUAGGAAAAUUGUAUUAUGAUUUAAUUUUUGAUGUCACCUAUCAUUCACAUUUGGAAUGUGAGAGAUCUUCCUGCUGUGGUGUGUGUGUGUGUGUGUGUGUGUGUGUGUGUGUGUGUGUACGCAGCAAGAUCUCUUUGCAUGGGAUUAGUUAGUUGUGAUUAAGCUGAGUCCAUUAGUCACUGUCUGAUGCUGUAUGUUUAAAAAAGUUAUCGUAAAGUUUUCCCCUCUACCUAAGAGUUUUUAUUUACUAUCACAAUUACACUGUAACUUCUUAUUACGAAAAACAGUGUUUAAUUUUUAAUCAUCUACAUUAUUGUUCUGAAAACAUUGUAUGUGAGGAAAUAAUAAACCUUCCAAUCAA